CUAAAGCAGUAAAAUCAGACAAGCGGGCUCACGGCCCACACUGAGCCUUCUGGAUCGUCACACCGGAGUGGACUCCCCGGAAAGCAACGGCUUGGUUUAACGGACAUCGGGAAAUAUCUUGAGCGACGACACUGAGGUAACUGAACAGUUUGACGAUUUAAUUCGGCCGUCGAAUCCGGCCGUGAUCCGGCGGCGAAGAUGAUGGUGGAUAUGAGCUCCUUCUCCGACGAGAGGUUCGAUCCCAAGCAAUGGAUAAACGAUGCGUGCCAGUCGCGGCACCCGCAGGACCCGCUAGACAAGCACCUGGUGGAUCUGGAAAUGAAGCUCCAGAUGGCCUCCGAGGAGAUCUCCGUCACGCUCGAGGAGCUCAGCAAUUCUGCUCUUCACCGCGUCCCUCGUGCCACUCGUGACGUUAUCCGCCUCCGCGAUGACGCCAUCUCCCUCCGCUCUUCUGUCGCUUCCAUCCUCCAAAAACUCAGAAAGGCAGAGGGAUCAUCUGCAGAGUCCAUAUCUACACUGGCAAAAGUUGAUACUGUCAAGAGAAGAAUGGAAGCUGCUUAUGAGACAUUGCAGGAUGCUGCUGGUUUGACUCAAUUAAGCUCAACUGUGGAGGAUGUAUUCUCAAGUGGUGAUCUUCCACGAGCUGCAGAAACUCUGGCAAACAUGAGACACUGCUUGUCUGCCAUUGGCGAGGUUGCCGAAUUUGCUAAUAUUAGGAAGCAACUUGAAGUUCUAGAAGAUAGGCUGGAAUUGAUGGUGCAACCUCACUUGACCGAUGCAUUAAUCAAGAGGAAGGUUGAUGUUGCCCAAGAAAUGAGGGGAAUUCUAAACAGAAUUGGGAGAUUCAAGUCAUUAGAAUUGCAAUACUCAAAGGUCCACCUCAAGCCUAUCAAACAGCUAUGGGAAGAUUUUGAGUUGAGACAACAAGCAAAUAAGGUUUCAAUUGAGAAAAAUGAGAUAGAAAGGCCCCCAAGUGCUCAGAAUCUUCAAUUGAAUUCAUCUACUACCUUUUCACGUUGGCUGCCCAAUUUUUAUGAUGAAUUUCUGCUAUAUCUUGAACAAGAAUGGAAAUGGUGCAUGCUUGCUUUUCCAGAAGAGUAUAAAACCCUUGUUCCAAAUUUACUAAUCGAGGCGAUGUCAAUCAUUGGUGCAAGUUUUGUAUCAUCUGUGAACUUGGCUGUUGGAGAGGCUGCCCCCGAGACUAGAACACUGGCCAAAGGUAUCAUAGAUAUCUCAACGGGAGAUCUGUCAAAAGGUGUCAAAGUUCAGACAAAACAUUUGGAUGCCCUAAUUGAACUUCACAACACAACAGGGAGUUUUGCCAGGAAUAUCCAGCACCUAUUCUCAGACACAGAUCUUCAAGUUAUGUUGGAUGCUUUGAAAGCCAUAUAUCAUCCUUUUGAAACAUUCAAAAGGCGGUACGGGCAGAUGGAGCGUGCUGUUCUUUCUGGUGAGAUUGCAGGACUUGACCUACGAGGAGCUGCAAUAACUCUUGUAGGAGUCCAGGGUGUUGAACUUAGUGAAACAGUUCGGAGGAUGGAAGAGUCAAUAACACAAGUCAUUUUACUUCUAGAAGCUGCUGUAGAGAGAUGCAUUAAUUUUACCGGCGGCUCUGAGGUGGAUGAGCUCAUUCUUGCACUGGAUGAUGUCAUGCUACAAUAUAUUUCCACCUUGCAGGAAAAUUUAAAAUCACUAAGAACAGUGUGUGGUUUGGAUUCUGAUGUCUCUGCUGGUUCAAGAAAAGAAACUGGGGCUGACAGCAGGAGGGGGGAAGUAGCUUCCCACUCGCGUAAAGUUGACUUCAUGUCAAACGAGGAAGAGUGGUCAUUUGUCCAAGGGGCAUUGCAGAUUCUCACGGUUGCUGAUUCUUUGACCAGUAGAUCAUCAGUCUUUGAAGCAUCCCUCAAGGCUACCCUUGCUAGAUUGAGUACUAAUUUGUCUUUUUCUGUAUUCGGUUCGAGUCUUGAUCAGAACCACUCCCAUGAUGAUGGGAGUGGACAGAUGUCUGUGACAGGACGGGCUGCCUUGGAUGUGGCAGCUGUGAGGCUUCUUGGAAUUCCUGAAAAGGCUCGGAAGCUUCUAAAUUUAUUGGAGCAGUCUAAGGAUCCCCGGUUUCAUGCACUUCCAAUUGCUUCUCAACGGGUUACAACUUUUGCUGAUGCUGUUAAUGAGCUUGUUUAUGAUGUACUCGUGUCAAAAGUACGGCUGCACUUGAACAAUGUAUCUCGUUUGCCUAUAUGGUCUUCCAUGGAAGAACAUAAUUCUCGUCCCCUCCCAACAUUCAGUGCAUAUCCCCAAUCUUAUGUCACCAACGUUGGUGAAUAUCUGCUGACAUUACCCCAACAACUAGAGCCACUUGUGGAUGGAAUUUCAAACUCCGAUGCCACCAAUGCUGAUGAUGCUCAGUACUUUGCCACUGAAUGGAUGUUUAAGGUUGCAGAAGGGGCAACUAGCCUGUACGUGGAACAAUUGCGUGGCAUUCAAUAUGUUACGGAACGUGGGGCCCAGCAACUGUGUGUGGACAUUGAAUACCUAAGUAAUGUGCUCUCAGCACUAUCAAUGCCCGUUCCUCCCGUUCUUGCCACAUUUCAUUCAUGUCUCUCAGUACCAAGAGAUGAGCUGAAGGCGUUUGUAAAAAACCCAGAUUCCGGGAAUCAGCUUGAUCCUCCCACUGCCAACCUUGUGUGCAGAAUGCGUCGUGUUAGCUUGGAAUGAUAAUAUGGUUUCGACCAUUCAUAUGGUUCACAAGUCCCCAUACCGUUUCAGGAAAUCGUCCUAAGCUGUGAUUCCAUAUUAUACGUGUGAAAAGGUUUUUAUUUAGGAUAAUGGUUUUACUUUUAUUUUUCUACAGAUUUUACAUAGGGACAUUAAUUUUCUUCUUCUUCGUGUAACAAGAAUAUUAGCGUGUCAAAAAAAAAUAAAAUAGAAAGAAGUGUAGUUAGUUUUAUUCGAGGUUGACUCAUACCACAUAAACACCAGCUAAUGAGAUGAGAUGUUUUUAUACAACUGUUGUAUUUGACAUUAAAUUAAUUAUUCUUUU